AUGGGGUAUUCUGUGAGAGAAGAUGUCUGGUGGGGGAGGGCCAUAACCAUAUUCAUAUUACUACUAGCGUUUCAUGCAGAGAGUGAGGGGUGCUUGAAAGAAGAGAGAGAAGCUCUUUUGAAAUUGAAAGAAGCUUUCAAUUAUCCAAAUGGCUCCUCUCUUCCUUCUUGGAAUAACCAAACCUUCUCUGCAGAUUGCUGCACUUGGGAGGCUGUAGAGUGUGACAACUCCACUCAUAGAGUCAUAAGCCUUCAUCUGAAAAAUACAAGACCUUAUGAGUUGGGACACAUCAAAUGGUCACUCAAUGCUUCUUCUUUUCUCCCCUUCAUCCAGCUUCAAGAGCUGUAUUUGAAAGGGAACUACUUGUCAGGGCUGUUUGGCGACAUCAGGCUGGUGAACUUGGAAGUGUUGGAUUUAGAAGAGAAUAUGCUCACAGAAUUUCCAUAUUUCGAUCUUUAUCAUUCACGCCAUUUAAAGGAGCUGGCGCUUGGCUCGAAUUUCUUGGAGGGCAGUAUUCCAGAAUCUAUCAUGUCCCUUACUUCCAUCACCGCAUUGACAUUAGGCGAAAACAACCUGACUGGAUCAUUGCCACAACAAGGAGGCCUUUGCAAUAUGAAGAAUCUUGCAUUAUUGGAUCUUUCCUUCAAUGAACUGGAGGGUCAACUCCCUGCAUGCCUUAGCAAUUUGAUGUCUCUACGUACACUUCAUCUUCCACAAAAUCGUUUUGAAGGAACCUUUCCUUCCUUACUCUUUCAUUCUUUGAGAUCCCUAAUAGCAAUUACUCUUUCUGACGACAAUUUCAGUGGAUCAUUUUCACUGUCUUUGCUUGCCAACCACUCCAACCUCAAAAUAUUCAGAAUUAUAUGCUUUAACACCAAUCUCAGUCUUGAAAUUGAGAAUCCCCCAUUUACCCCUUCCUUCCAAUUGAGGUCUUUUGCAAUCCGCAACUGCACUCUGAAUGAAACCAGCAAGAAAACAAUGCCUACCUUUCUUCUUUAUCAAUAUGACUUGCGAUUCCUAGAACUUAGUCACUUGAACAUUUCAGGAACUUUCCCUUCAUGGCUUUUAACAAACAACACGAGAUUAAAUUAUUUAAGUCUGACGCACAACUUGUUCACCGGUCCCUUUCAACUUAAUUCCACCUCAAAAUUGCUUCACAUGGAAUCAUUUGAUAUUUCCUCUAACCCCAUUAGAGAUGAAAUACCUCCUCAUAUUGGCUUCAAUUUUCCCAACUUGAUCUCUCUUGACAUGUCUUCAACUUCAUUGCGAGGUCGAUUUCCAGCUUCAAUAGGUGAAAUGAGACAAUUGAAUGAUCUUGACUUGUCAAAUAAUAAUUUAUCUGGUUAUUUGCCCCAAAAAUUUGGGGAGGGUAACAAUGAGUUGGGAUUUUUGAAGUUGUCAAACAACAACCUGAGUGGCCCGUGUUUGCCCAUAGGAUCAAAUUUCACAUAUUUGUUGUUUUUGGAUCUCAACAACAAUAACUUCAGAGGAAAGCUAGAAGGUGGGAUCAUGAAUAGUACUGAAUUAAGAAUGUUGGAUAUAAGUGCCAACCAAUUAUUUGGUGAAAUGCCUAGCUGGAUCAGAAAUUUUCAACAUUUGAGCUACCUCAUAUUGUCAAAGAAUUCUUUAGCUGGUCCACUGCCAAAAAGCUUUUGGAACUUGAUUGAACUUACAUAUCUAGACCUUUCUUACAAUAAAUUCAAUGGCUCUUUGCCAAGUUGUCCAAAUAUGCCAUCAUUGAAGUAUUUGCAUUUGCAGGGCAACCAUUUCAUGGGACCUCUACCUUUGGCUAAUUCCCCCUCACUGUUGAUUUUGGAUUUGGCAAAUAACAAUUUUUCUGGUCAAAUUCCAAGAUUGAUUAGCUCAUUUUUGAGUUUAAGGGUCCUCAUGUUAAAGGGAAACAAACUUGAAGGCUCUAUUCCUGUGCAUUUAUGCAAGCUCAAGAAUAUAAGCUUAUUAGAUCUUUCUGAAAAUAAGCUUUCCGGAGGCAUACCAUAUUGCUUGAAUAACAUCACAUUUGGGAAGAUAGAUUCACCAAGGGAAAUUGAAAUAGGAUAUUUUAUUGUGUCAUGGACUACAAGAUCAUCAACUUAUUCAUUUAACCCUUUGACCGGUGAAGUUUUUAUACUAGAAGAAAAACAAAAUGAUAUAUUGUAUGAGGACCAAGAAGUAGAUUUUAGAACAAAAAGCAGGUGUGAAUCUUACAAAGGAAGCAUUUUAAAUUUGAUGUCUGGGUUGGAUAUCUCAGAUAAUCAAUUGAUAGGUGAGAUUCCCUCACAAAUUGGAUACUUAGGCACUAUCCAUGCAUUGAAUUUGUCAAACAAUCAAUUAAAAGGGCGUAUUCCAGAUACGUUUUCAAACCUCAAGCAGAUAGAAAGCCUUGAUCUUUCACACAACAAAUUAUCAGGUCACAUUCCUACACAAUUAACUCAGUUGUACUCCUUGUCUUUCUUCUCAGUGGCUCAUAAUAAUCUAUCUGGAACAACACCUGACAUGAAAAAUCAAUUUGCAACUUUUGAUUCUGCCAGUUAUGAAGGAAACCCUUUUCUCUAUGGUCCCCCUUUGCAGCAAAAUUGCUCAAUAGCACGGAGAAAUAGGCAACCUCAUCAUUUGGAAGCAGAUGAUUUUCAAGAUGCUUUCUUAUGGAGUUUUGUCGGAGCAUUUGCAGAACCUCCUGUUAUGUUUACUAUUAUAAGCAUACCAUAUACAGUUUGUGAUGAGAAUACUAUGUUGCCAAACGCAGUUUAA